AGGGGGAAUUAUUAGGCUAUAGUCCAUGCAUACUUGUGUUAGUAGCAUACAGUACAAAGAUCGUUGCGGUCUUGCAUUGCAGGGAUGGGGAAUAAGUAGCGUGGCUUGGAUCUAACGCAUGGCUGAUAUGGACAAAGAAAAGGUGGAGGGGAUAUUUGUAUAGUUUUUUCUAUACGUGGGGAAAAACGCGGGGGUUGGUUUCUGAGAUGCCACAGGCUUGGGAACCUGAGACGGAAUGGUAUAACGGGAGGGCGGCUCGUUUUGUCUCAGCAAGGAGGGGACUGUAUACCAGACGGGGUGGAGUGAUACAUCGCCUAGUCUCUCCGUGCAGACGGCCUUGUGUCCCGUUUGCCUAGAGCUGGGAGAAUACUGUAUCGCAAGUAGGCCUAUAGCAGACAGAGAGAGGGGCCGGUCUAUGGGAGGGACUAGCGCAGAGGGAGAAUUGGAAGAAGGAGGGGGCGGGGAGGCGGCACGGGUGCUGUUUCUCCAGUCUCUUUCCCCUGUCUUUGUCUCACACUCUUUUGUUAGCCAUGCCUAGCCUGCUGGUUCUAGCAGGGAUCAUGGAGAAAAAUGGGGGCUACGGCGGGGAUCUAGCCGGCUCCGGGUUCGGAAGCGAAGGUCUCCUUGUGCCACCCGACGAGGAAGAAGACGACUCCCGUGCCCUGAGGGUCGCGCUGGGCCAGCUGUCUCUACUGGGGCUUGGUGAAGGCGAGGACGGUGGCGGGGCUCCUGGAACGGGAGUACAGGAUCGGAGUAACAAUAACAAUAACCAUCACAACCAUACCAAUAAUAUUGGCGGAGGUGGUGGUGACACAGGGCUUUUGCAAGGGAAGAACAAGUUAUGUGUCCUGUACGAGGGUUCUUCAAUUGAGACGAAAGGACGAGGCUGCAACAUAACAGAAUGCGUCCCCGUGCCCAGCUCAGAACAUGUGGCCGAAAUAGUGGGGAGACAAGGUUGCAAGAUCAAAGCCCUGCGGGCCAAGACCAACACCUACAUCAAGACCCCCGUGAGGGGCGAGGAGCCUGUGUUUCUCAUCACGGGCCGAAAGGAGGAUGUGGCCCUGGCCCGGCGCGAGAUCAUCUCUGCCGCCGAGCACUUCUCCAUGCUCCGAGCGUCCCGGAACAAGCUUGGUGUGUCCUUCAGCGGUUCCCCGCCUGCGCCCCUGCCAGGCCAGACCACCAUCCAGGUGAGGGUGCCCUACCGCGUGGUGGGGCUGGUGGUGGGGCCCAAGGGUUCCACCAUCAAACGCAUCCAACAGCAAACCUGCACCUACAUCGUCACUCCUAGCCGAGACCGUGACCCUGUCUUCGAGAUCACGGGAUCACCCAGCAACGCCGAGAGAGCCCGUGAGGAGAUCGAGGCGCACAUCGCAUUCCGAACGGGAGGUCUGCACGACCACAACAACGAGAAUGACUGCUUGGGGCCGGAUGGCGGCAGUCCAGUAGGCUCCGGGGGUCUGGAGAGUCGCCUGCAGCAGGUGUGGGGUCUGCAGGGGGGCCAGCGCAAGCCAUUGACCAGUAGCUUCCGCCAGAACUUCUCAGAUGCCAUGGUUGGAGGAGGGGAAGGAGGUGGGGUAAUCUUCAGCAAGGGCAACUUCAACAGCCCUGGAGAGAAGCCCUGCUCCUACUUUGGCUCAGAGGGCACCCAGAGUUGGGGAGACCCAGACUACCCAAAACAGGUGGCUUUCUAUGCCCAGCAGCGCUCCAAGAGCUUUGGAGGCCUGCCCCUGCCCCUAACCAGACUCUCUCCAGGCCUUUCUGACCCCUGUGGAGGGAACAACGGCAACUCCUCGGGCACCAGCAUCACUAUUCUGUCUGGCUCGCCUCAUGCCCAGGCCCGCCGUGCCCACAGCGAGCCAACCUCGGGCGUGGGUUUCCCUGGACGCCUCCCUGUACCGGACUCGCCACCGGCCAUCCUCCGGGACUGCAUGACCUGCUUCGAGAGCAAAGUGACGGCCGCCCUGGUGCCCUGCGGCCACAACCUCUUCUGCAUGGAGUGUGCCAUCCGCAUUUGUGAGCUCAACCAUCCAGAGUGCCCGGUGUGCCACACCCUGGUCUCUCAGGCUAUCCGAAUAUUCUCCUAAAAAACACCACGUCAGUUUUUAUCAUUCGUUUUAUCACAGUGUUUGUUUGACAUUUAUUUACUAUUAUUAUUAUGAUUAUUAUUAUUAUUAUUAUACUUUUCUCAGAAAAUUUUAAACAAACAAGCAGAUAUUUUAGAAGGCACUGCUUGCUUUACUAAAAAGUAUAAGAAAUAUUUUGAAUUUUUUCUUUUAUAUAUAUAUAUAUAUAUAUACAUAUAUAUUUUAUAAAAGUUUUGUUUAUAAGAAAAGUAUAGUACCUAGCAUUUUUUCAGUUUUUUUUACUGCUGCUGUUUUUCGUUCACGAAUCACAGUGUGGGCGGAGUAGAUAGGAACGUGAACAUUUUACGAUUCAGAUUUAUUUUACCAUGAAGUGGUUUUAUAUGGAGCAAUGGAAGGAGGUGAUCAUUGAGGUUCAGUUUAACUCCCUGGUAUCUUAUCUGUACCUGAAUGAUAUAGGAAGUCAAAAUCAAACAGAAGGAAAAAUAUUUUCAUUGCACCUUACAAUCGUCUUAGUUUUGGAUAGUCAGAUUAAUGAUUGUCAAUCAUCCAGAAAAAUGACGUAACUGAUGAAAAGCUAAAUCCCCCAAUGUGGCAACAAAAAAAAAUGGAACAAACUGUGAUAUUGUCAUUGAAAGUCUAAAUUUGUUCCAAUUGAAAGACAGACUAUUCCAUCAUUGUCACCUUUCUGACAUUUGUAUCCCUUUACAAGCUCGUUGUUAUACCUGGUAGUCCUCCCUAAACACCUGUAAGAAUGGUAACAAUAUAGGACAGAAUAGCAGACAAACGCCUUUCUUUAUGCACAUAUGUUUUAUAGAUUUCCUUUUUCACAAAGAGGUGAAUGAAUGCUACACGUUGUAUUGCUGAAAUGUUCACUUCUGUUACACCUUGAAUAUCACUGCAGUUUGGUGAAAAGUUUCAGCGAUGCCUGUUCCUCGUGGCACUUGAAAAGCAUGUUUCUUUCGCCGGUGUUAAGCACUGAUUUCAUUUGUGAGGCCAAAAGCCUUGGAAUUCUUCCAGUUGGCUAAUUUGGGAGAUCCGUCUCCCCGACGGACUAGUUUCAAAGCCAACUAAUACCCACUUUAUUGUCUUAUGUGGUAAUUUAGCUGUUAUCUGAACGAUGUAGGACAAAAACGAGAGCCACUUUUGACAGGCAUCUCUCUGAGGUUUGCGCAGUUAGAGCGUCAGCAAUUAGAGUGGACAGAAGCUGAGGAAAACACUGAGCUGUUCUCUGAAUUGGUAAUAGAGUGUGCCUAAAUGGGCGAAAAGCUCCUAGAAUACAGUACCACCAUCCACAGAGCUCCCUCGCCAUCCCAGUCCAGCAGCUUUGUAUUUUAGCUCAGAGGCCUAUAAUUAUCAGAGCUGUGCAGGAGCAGGUGUUUAAUAGCGCACUGUGGGUGUGACCUCAACUUGGAGGUCUUUUUUAGCCCCCUCUUUUUCUAUUUUCUUUGGGAGUGGCCCCCCCCCCCCCCCCGCUUACUGUUCGAUCGUUGGCUAUUGAAGGUAGUAAUGACUGCAGCCGACCCACAAUGCAUUGCCUCCCUGUGUUGGGCGUAUUGUCUACGCCCAGUGGUGGCGUGGGCCCGGAGUGCUUGGACACAGCCCGGAGAGACUCAUUGAUAAUUAGGCAAAUUGUCCGGUCCAGGUGCGGACCUUGCGGGGGACCCUGGUGCUGACCGCCCCAUCCCUCUGUCACAGGCACAGAAGGUCCAGUCUGGGUGCAGCUGGGCGAAUGGGACCCCUCCUUCCAUAUCCCCCUCCUUCUCUGCUGCUCUGAGCUAUCCCUACUGGGGAGAGGGGCCUCCUUUGUCCCAACACUCAGGGAAAAAGCAGCAUAUGAAAGAAAGAGACCAACUGAACAGGCUGCCAGCUCUGAAAUGAGAGUGAGGGGACUUUGGAGAAGGAAAGGAUAUCAACAGUGUCAGUAGAUACAGUAAUUACCUAGUGUAAAAUUCUGACACACAGAUCCAAUCCUUUGAAAUUUCCUACUGAACUAGAUGUCUCCAUGUGUUCUCAAUACGAUAAGGGUAUGAAAACAUGCAGACAUAUAUAAUUUAAGAGUACGAGGAGUCUGAUCACUUGGAGUUCAUCACCCCACCACAAUUUGGAUGGAGGCCUUUGUGACAGAGAGUGAGUGCAGAUCGAAGUUUCCAUAGAGAGCCCCCCCCUUUAUCUCCCGUCUGUAUGGGACAUCCUGCAGCUGCCCACUCACCACAAACACACAGGCUUAGCCAAUGGCAGGCUAGCACUGGGCCUUCAGAAUGAAAUCAGACGAUUGUAAUUGACAGGAAAGCGGAGGAAACGCCCCAUUUAGCCACCACUCAUGCUGAAUCAAAUUACACACCCUUUGCCUCUGCCUUAGCACCAGCCUGGGGAUUUCAGAGGGAGGGAGGGGGGAUUAUAGCCGUUGGAGGAUAAGAGGGGGGCUUUUGGGGGUGGAGAGAGAGAAGGCUGCUCCCAAAGAAAAGAGAACCUGCAGAUCUAGUCUUUGUGAGGGGUCAUUUGUGUGUCUUCAGUGAAGGGGUAGUUAGAAGGCUGCUGCCUCAUGUUUGCUGGUGGUGGCAGGUGAACAAGGACAUGCUGGUGAUUCAGCUGGUCUCCCACUAACACUGCAUCAGAUCGCUCUAUUGCGUUUUUUCAGGAGAACAAUUUUGCUCAACUUCUGUCCAUCAAAAUAUGAUGAAUAGUUACAAUAGACUGUUGUCCCAAGUCUAGGCAGCAACAGAGCCCCCAUUUCCCCCAUUGUAUUGUCAGCAGACCACUCCUGUUGUCCGUGGACUGUGAAGAAAUUGUACUUUCAGAGUAUCUAAAUUCUAUUACAUAUAUAGAAAUGAAUUGAAUAUUUAUGAAUGGGGAGAACCGUGGUUUGGUCUGAACUUUCAAUGACAAUUUCAAGGCAGUAUAACGCUGUCAAAUGAAUAUAGUAUUUUCUAUUAUUUUUUAUUUUGUUUUAAGCCUUAAUAUUUUGUAUUAAAAUAUUAAUAUUUCUUUCACUUUGGCAUGAAAGUUUAGUGACAUACAGUAGGCCUUCAAUAGUAUUGCCCCUUAAAAAAAAACUUUCACGAAACUAUUUGUCAGAAAAGAAUGUGAAUCAACCUGGUUGGGUGGGAUUAAAUGGAAUUGGGAAAUUAGGCUCAUAAAGACUUUACAUUAAAAUAUAGAGUAAAGCACCUUAUGAGAAAACACAUAUAAUUAAUACCAAACUGACCACUGAUGGUGAAUAUUUCUUCAUAGAUUUUGAAAGACAUGCACAUCAGGUUUCCCUAUCAUGUUUUUAUAAUAUAAUUAUUGUUAUUCCUUGUAGUAGUGGUAUUAUGGGAGACCUCUCAUCCAUUCAGUCAGUACUGAUGACUUGGUUGAGUUUGCACUGGUUUAAUGUAGAGGGCUUUUUAGAGAGUCUCACUGUUUUAGAGGCUGUGGGAGAAAUUUGCAUUGUGCUUUAUGAGAAAGGAUUCUGCGCAUCUGUGUAUAUAUAUAUCAGUAAUUUACGUCCAGUCAAAUGCCUGCUAUAUAAGUGGGAUUUUGAUUAUUUUUACAAGCUGAAAAUAUCCCUUUGAAUUUGUUUGUUUAUGGACUUUGAAGAUCACUUUGAUUUAUAUAUAUAUAUAUAUAUAUAUAUAUAUAUAUAUAUAAUGUCCCCUCAUCCUUAAACAUAAAGACAUAUAUUGAUAGGCUACUUAUAUGUAUGGAUCUAAUAAACUUAAGCAUUUCAUCAAGUCAAAUAUAUAGAUAAGAAUACCACAAUACCACAUACUGUAAUGAUGAAUACAGGGCUGUAUUGAUGUUUCCACUGACAGAUACCGAUACAUUCUCUCAAAUAUGUAAAGACGUGUUCUAAAAUAUUCCUAGAUCCUUUUGGAUGAAUCAGGUUUUAUGUACAUUAGGAUGAAAAGCAAUAAUGUCAAUACUGCAACAGUAAACAAAAGAGCCAGUUUAGUAAGUUCAAAGAAUUCAGCGCCAUCCAUAACACAACCUUGAUUCAUUUGAAUAUUACUCCAUUUUUGUCUAUCUUCUAAAAAUGCAUAUGGAUUUAUGCCAAUGUAGGACGAGAAAUGUAAUUAAUUAGUAUCGGUUUCAGGCACAAGAGCAUGUUUUUGUUGCCUUCCUACGUCUUGCUUUUAGUAAUUUUUGACUGCUUAAUCCCGUCUUUUUCACAUUGAAUAUUAAUAAGACUGCAAGCAUACCUCAAAUACAGGGUGUGCCACCACCAGUGCAACCUCAAGAUUUCCUUCUCUUAGUAUCUGUGGAAUUUUGAGAACACAAUACCUAUUAUUUGGAAGAAACCAAUUGCAUUGUAAAAGUAAGCUUUUCAGUGUAAACAUACAAUGCUUUUCAGGAACAUAACAUGAACAAUUGAGGCAUUUCCUGUCUGUCGAAAGCAGGAACUCAUAACUCCUAUGGUGAUAGAUUGGUGUUUAAGUGACAACUUAAAUCACACACUAAAGUAGACGCAAUGGUAAAACAGAAGGUUGGAUUAUUCCCAUAGGAUCUGUCGAAGACCAUAUGAACAUAUUCUGAUGCCCAAUGCAUUGAGCCAAACAUUUUCAUCACUUGACAAAGUAGCAUUUAUUUAACAUGUAUUACUCUGUAUUUAUUCAUGUUUAGGGAGAAACGUUUAUAGUUACCAUAAGCAUAUCAUGAGAAUAUAUUUCAGUUUUUAGAUUGGUUCCAAAACAUGUUUUGUAACUGAUUUGAUGGCACAAUUUAAUUAUUUCUUUAUGCUGUCUGUUAUAAGUAGUUGUCAUUAUUAUCCAGCUUUUAGCUGAUUUAAAAUAAAAGGUCAAAAGGUAGCCAAAGAACAAAACCUUGGGAGAGGUUCCAGGACAUCGAUAGGAAUUAUAUUGCUGAUCAUAAGCUUACAAUUCUACAAAUGUUAACACAUUUCGCCCUUAUCAUAGUUUGGAUUUAUUGAUGAAGGUGGCUGAGGUCAAUACAAUAAUAAUCAGCUUUUGUUUUUAAUAACCCGCUAGUGAUAGUUUUGUCAAAAGUCAUACAGCAUACAAGCUUCAGUCAAUAUCUGUGAAAUGGACCUUGUCUCAAUAAAGACAUCCUGUUUCAGUUUGGUCUUUUUUUAUGCUCCAGUAGCUUCAGUGAUCAACUACCCAAUCACUGCCCAAAGACACCAAUCCCUCUUACAUUGUAUUUAUAUUGGUAUUAUUGCCAACUUAGAUUUAUAAAUAAUUAUGUCAAUAAGUUUUGUUUCAUCAUCACAGCUGUUAAUGUGAAAAGGCUGGACUUGUCUUGGAAAGUUGAUGUUUCUUCAGAAUGGGGCAGGAACACACACUAAAUUAGAAAAAGAACAGGUAGAGAUUUGUAUUUGUUUACAAUUCUGUUAAAAUUCAUGUUGAAUUGCAGCUGAAGGGCUAGAUUCGUCUCAAAGACCCCAGACUGAACAAUAGUUGAAUAAUGCAUAAGAAAGUUGUUAAGAUUACACAAAUACCCUGCAGUACCUUUGUUAGAGUUCAAAAAUAAUACUGCGGUUUUAAUUUAAUAUUGUUUCUAGUUAACUCUAUUCUCCAUGUCGAAGUAUGGUAGCUGAAGUUUAGUACAGUACAUAAGAGUAACAGUAAAAUUAAGAUCCCAUGGCAUUAACAUAUUUCAUCAACAUAACCACAAGGUAUAUAAAAAAGCUUUAAAGAAAUUCAAAUGGACAUAUAUUUAAUUCCAUAUAUUUACCUUGAGGUGUAAUUGAUAUAGAAAUUUAAAUAAUGACUGUCUUAUAAGAUGAGGUGUAGCUUGAUAUAUGCACCCAGUAUAUGAAGUACUCCACUUCCUUUAGUGGAAAAACAAAGAUGGCGGUGAGAUAACUCUUAGGGGGAUGUCUAUUUCAUUAACUAUUUUUUUCAAUUGUUAGUGUUCUUUACAAUAUAUUAAAGUAACCAUAGAAACUCUGAACAGUUUUCUUCUCUUUAACAAAUGUACAACUCUUUAUGCAUUAUGUAUAACAAUAAUAGCACCCCUUUCAAGGAGUGAUAGGAAAUCCUUUAAAUUGAUGCACUUAAGCAAUUAUUCCGAUCUAUCAUAAUCGCAAGAUGAGCAAGUAAUGCAUUUGAAUGUAAAAUAAAUUACCAGUGCACUCCUUUUACCUAUUGGUUUAUACAUUUUAAAGUGAGCUGGAAAGAAUUUGUGAGAAGGUUUCACCGCAGUCUAUAUUUGAGUUCUUCCACAUACAUUUAUAGAAAGCAACUUAAAAAAAAAAAAAUAUUAUUACAGUUUCUUAAAUCUAUUUUGCUAACAUGGGUUAUUAUUUCAUAGAAAGAUGGGGAAUAAGUCAGUUUCUGGAUGUUAUUUAUGAAAAUCUCAAAAUGAAGAAAACAUGAGUAACCUCAAGAAAUGUGUUUUUUAGUUAAAAAUACAAGAAGUUAAUAUAUUUCUAAACACAGGAAAGUUGGUUUCUGCUAACGGUAAAGAAAAAAAAAAUGUUUUAUUUAUGAAAGUUAUGGACUUACCUCCACUGUAUUUCAUUGUAAAUGAAAUAAGAGUUGAUGUGGGUUCCCCAUAGCUUAUAUUUUAACUUCCGAUAUGCACUAUUUCAAAGGACACCAGUGCAUCCACAUUGGAAUUAUGACAGAAAAUAAUAUAAUAUUUUUAGGAUUUGGAGGUAUUUUAGUCACUGAGCAUCAAUUCCGUGCCUCAAUUACACAUUUAUUUCUUGCAUCAGCACUCUUUCUCUAUGCUGCUUGCUUACCUUUUCCCCUUUGACUAACCCCAUACUGACUGGCCCCAUUACACAUUUCCUCUGGAGUCUUAACUUGCUUUUUUUAAUCUCUAACUUUUUAUGCUAACACAGCUUCAGUUGUGAUUGCAAUGCUGAGAACGAGUGAUUCAGGUGUCCCGCAAGGGCACAUGUAACGUAUACAGAUACACACACAUUCAUAUGUCUACUACUUGGGACCCUUUGUGAUUGGUAAGGCAAGAGAGGACAUCAUCAAAGCCUUAAUGAAUGAUUACCUUAAAAUUGGGCUUAAGUUUCGUGAAAACAUGACAGGGUGAGAGCUGAGCUGAGUGAUCAAUAGUUUAGCACAUAGGCACACUGUGUAGUAGAUCUAUGGUAACCAGCCACACACACACCAACACAUUCAUAUCCGUACUAGUUUGCAUGUAUCUUGUAUGGUCACCUAGACUGGAUAAACACCACAGAUCCUAUGUGUUUGGUUUUAACACAAGGGGUCUGGGGCUGGUUGUUCCUUGUAGAUUUUCAUAGUUGGCGCCCCUUCAGAAACAGAAAUAUUUCAGGUGAAGCAAAGAGAGGCCGUUUCAGUCCCCAUGUGACACUGUCAGUAUUUUGUCCUUUUCAUUUUCUCAUCACAGUUCUAUAAAAGGGGAGGAAAGCUUGGUUGUCAUUCCAUCACGUAUGGAUGAACCUAAAAUGUAUUUAUUUCAAUCCCAAAACUAGGUAGUUAAAAGUGAACAUUUGUCGUACAAUUCAACAUGUCAGGACGGUAUAUUUUCCGCCACAACUGACUGAAGCACGGGGACUGAAAUGACCUUCCAGCCUUCACGUUGUCCUCUUCUGAAGGGGCCACCACAGUCUGACAGUUUGUCUUUGGUAGUGUUUCUUCAGAUUCUCCCGGCAACGUAGAAGUGUUUCAUACCGGUCUUAUAGUGGUCUUUGUGCAUUAGUUUUGGGUCAGCAUCUCCUGGCUUUAGUUUCUGGUUUCUCUGUGAUCAGCGAGAGAGGGUUUGCCAUGUGGCUGGCCGUCACUUUGAUAAAAUAAAAAAAAGUAUUCUUUGAACUGUUACAGUGCAUCAUGCCCGCAAGAGGCAUGUGAUAUUGCAGGUUUAUUUCUUAGCACAUGUUUUUGUGAAUAAUUUUUGACAUUUUAUUAUUGUAUCUGCGCCAUAUUAGUUUUGGUUUCUGUUAUUUUUUCAAAGAUUCAAGAUGUAUUGUAAAUGUUUCUAAUAAAACAAAAAUGAAAUCAUU